AUAGACCUAGAGAAAGCAUACGACAGGGUUCCAAGAGAGGAGCUAUGGUAAUGCAUGAGGAAGUCUGGAGUAGCAGAGAAGUAUGUGAGAGUGGUGUAUGACAUGUAUGAGAGAAGUAAGAUUGUGGUGAGGUAUACUGUAGGAGUGACAGAGGAGUUUAUGGUGGAAGUAAGACUCCACCAAGGAUCAGCUCUGAGUCCUUUCUUGUUUACUGUGUUGAUGGACAGAUUGACAGAUGAGGUUAGACAGGAAUCCCCAUGGACUAUGAUGUUUGCAGAUGACAUUGUGAUCUGUGGGCAGAGCAGAGAACAGGUGGAGGAAAAUCUUGAGAGAUGGAGGUUUGCUCUGGAAAGGAGGAGAAUGAGGGUUAGCCGAAGCAAAACUGAAUACAUGUGUGUGAAUGAGAGGGACCCAAAUGGAGACAUGAGGUUACAGGAAACAGAGAUAAAGAAGGUGAAGGAUUUCAAGUACUUAGGGUACACAGUCCAGAGCAAUGGCGAGUGUGGUAUAGAAGUGAAGAAACGUGUCCAUGCAGGUUGGAAUGGGUGGAGAAAAUUUUCMGGUGUGAUGUGUGAUAAAAGAGUAUCAGUAAGAAUGAAGGGCAAGAUGUUCAAGACGGUGGUGAGACCAACAAUGCUGUUUGGUUUAGAGACAGUGGCAAUGACAAAGAGACAGGAGGCAGAGCUGGAGGUUGCAGAGAUGAAGAUGUUGAGGUUCUCUUUGGGAGUGACAAGGGUGGAUAAGAUCAGGAAUGACUGCAUCAGAAGAACAGCCUAUGUCAGUUGUGUUGGAGAUAAAAUCAGAAAAGCCAGACUGAGAUGGUUUGGACAUGUACAGAGGAGAGAAAUUGAAUACAUAGGUAGAAGAAUGCUGAGGAUGGAAUUGCCAGGCAGGAGACCUAGAGGAAGACCAAAGAGGAGAUUUAUGGAUGGAGUGAAAGAGGACAUGAAGGUCGUUGGUGUGAGAGAAGAAGAUGCAGAAGAUAGGGUUACUUGGAAACAGAAGACUCACUGUGGCAACCCCUAA